AUGGAGGCGUUGCAGCAGUUCCAGCAGUACGAGCGGUUCUUGCGGUCAAUCUGCAAGGUGCUCGGUUUCGACGUCCUGAGCCGCGAUUGGAGGAAAACCUUCCGCACGUACCUGUCCAUCUUCCUGAUCAGCCUGUACUGCUUCUGCAUGAUGUACUCCAUCGUGAUCGCGGUGGACACGUUCGAGCUGCUCAAGUCGCUCGCGUUUUUGGGCUUCUUUUUCCAGUGCUCGAUCAAGGUGUACUAUACGAUAGCGAAGUCGCACAUGUACAGCACCAGCUUCGAGGGGCUGCAGAGUGCGAUCUACACCGACCAUCUGGGAGGGACCGAGCAACAGCGAGCGGUCAUCACUCGUAUCAUUCGGCUGGUGCUGAUCCUCACCAGGACGACGACGGUGCUGUACACGAGCUCGCUGUUCAUUUUCUCGCUCUACCCGGCCUACAUGUACUUUGUGGUGGACGUCAAGGUGACGAUCUUCCCGCUGUAUGUGCCAGGCAUCGACAUCUACUCGGCGUAUGGGUAUGGCAUCACAAACUCGAUGCACAUGGUGUUUGCCGUGUAUGGGCUACUCGGGGCGGUCACUUCCGAUACCGCCUUUAUGAUGUACGUGCUGCACAUCGUCACGUACGCUGAGCUGUUUGAGAUUGAGUGCGAGCGUUUCAGUCAGGACCUGUCCGAUGCCUGCCAGCAGUGGGAACCGCAUCUAGUCGAGUACGGUCAGUUUUGUCGUGAUCGGAUGCGCUCGUUGUACGGUUUCCAUCAAAACAUGAUCGCGUACAUUGAGCGAGUCACCCAGUGCUACGAGGGCAUCUGCGUCGUCGAGGUGGCCACGUGCAGCUUCUCGAUCAUGUUCAAUCUAUUUUUGGCGCUCACGACCGACUGGUACGCGACGUACAGCUUUUUGGUCGUCUCCUGGUUCCAGCUGUUUAUCUACUCGCUGCUUGGAACCGUCAUGCAGACAACGAUUGAUCGGCUCAACACGGAAGUAACACGGUUACCCUGGUACAUGUUGCCGAACGACGAGCAGCAGCGAUUUUGGUUCAUGCUUACCCGCAGCCAGAUGCCAGGCGAGAUAACCAUCCGCAGUGUUGGACCACUCAAUAUGGAGACGUUCACCAACAUCAUGCAGAAGAUCUACUCCGCCUUCACGAUGAUGUACAGCUUUCUGGACGAUCUCAGCUAG